AUGAAAAUCAUGGGAGUCAAGCACUUCAUGACGACUGCAGGAAGAGCGCAGAGUGAUGGAGCCACAGAGCGCCAAAAUCGGACACUCGAAGAUGCCUUGCGCUGCCAAGUCAGUUACCUCGGACAUGACUGGUCAGAGCACCUCGGCACCAUUGAGUAUGCGCACCAAGGAUUGAUUCAAGCGUCGAUGGGACUCAUUCCAUUCGAAGUGGACACGGGCAGAAAGUUGCUCAAGAUGGCACUUCAGAACCUUGACAAAGCACAGCCUCGUCAAAAGAGCUACUACGACAAAAAGCGCUCCAAAUUGGAGUUUUGCGAAGACGAGUUUGUAAUGCUAGCGAACGCAACGUCCCCAUCAAGCAUGCGAAAUCAUCAAGUAAUCAACCCGAAUGCUAUAAAGUUGGAGUUGCCAAAGAGCAUGAAGCGUCUUCACAACGUCUUCAAUGUCGAUCGACUGAAGAAGUGCCCAGGCCAAACGGAUCGGUUUACCAACCGACCCAUACCCAAAGCGACUCCAAUGCUUUUGGACGACAGUGGCCACGAAGUCUUCAUCGUCGAAGAGCUGCUGAAGCAACGGCAGUUCAACCGCAAGAAAGAGUACCUCGUCAAGUGGCAUGGAUUGCCUGAAUACGAAGCGACCUGGGGACUUGACGGGACAUCAAACAUGUUUCCCAUUUCAAGCGACUGGUUCAAGAUCUGCGAGCGAAGAUACAAGCGGCGAAGUCGAUAA